UGUCACUUUACCCAUGUGUCAGUUGUAGACUUGUGAAACAAAUUUGCAAAUUUCAGACUUUUUGGUUCAUCAAUAGAAUUUGUAGUUUAAAAAUAUCAAAAUAUAACUCAUAUUCCAACUCCAAUUAAUACAUAAAAUUAUCAUCAAUAUUGGUUUAAUCAGAAUGGAUAACUCUUCAAUAAGAGGACGUUACAGUUUAAGUACAACAAAUUUAUCAAGUCCAAUAGCUGAAUCGACAUGCCUAAAUGGCCUCAGCUCGCGAUCAAAAUUCAACUGGGGUGAAGGAACCAUAAGCUCCCGAAGUCGAAAUAACUCACAAUCUAUUGUCGAUCAAAAUAAUUCAACGUCUAAAAACUCAAAUGGCAUACCAACUAAAGUUUCAAUGUCACCAUCAUCCCGAAUCGAUCCAAGAACGUAUGUUGACAUACAUAGCAAUGGACUAGCAUCAAGGAUAGUUAAGUAUCACGAUAAUAGUACUCGAUUAAAUCGAAGUCUGUCUAUGACCAAUUUAUAUAACAAACCCGGACAAUUUCCAGUUGUGCAUUUGAAAAAAACCGAACAACAAUAUAAAGCAAAAAAGACAAAGAAUCUUUCUAUGACUAGAAUAGCUGCUCCAGAAAAAUCUGCCUUUCAUGGAAAUACACUUUCAAGUAUAUUGCGAUCAGGCUCAAUUGUGGGAUUGCAAAAGAGCGAUGAAGAAAUAUCUCGAGAAAAUCGACCUAUACUUCAUCCUCCACCUACUGAAAAUGAAAUGGCUCCUACUAGGAGCGUCCUUGAAGUUUUGAAAGAAAUUUCACGAAAAAGAAUCAAUAGCGAUGAAAUGGAUGGAACCGAGCUAACAAAAAAGCAGUGCAAGGAACCAGAGCAAGAUUCAACUUCAAACAAUGGGCAACGUACACAAAGUAAACGGCAGCGUGAAAUCACCCAUCCUUCCACAUUCAAUGCUCAAAUAUCCCCCGAACAACAAGUGAUAAAAAAACGUAUGUGUAACUAUAAUAAUGAUAUAUUGAGUUCACUUAGUUCAAGCAUGGCGAGUGUGAAUAAGAAAAAAAUGAUGGAUAUGCAAUCUCAAAAAAGAACCGCAUCCGAUGUUGGUGGCCUGAAUGGUUCAAGCACUAGUUUUUCUGACUUUGAAGUAUCCCGUAGUGAAAAACAUCGUUGUAUUGGAAACUAUGAAAUGCAACAACCUACCACCACAAAAUAUACUUCUGUCACUCCGCUUCCUAGUGCACCAAUUCAAAAUACUAACGAAUUAGAUAGUAACACCAGAGGGGGAAUUGUUACUAGAAGAGCUUCUGAACCAGCAUUAACUAAUACGAAGCCGAAGCUUACACUUUUCAAUAAAGAUUAUGACGAAACACCUAUUAUUAAUAAUAACACUUAUACGAAAGAAGAUGGAGAAUUGAGUGGAAUACAAUUUGUUAAACCCAAAAAGAGCAGUUCAAUUUCAUCGGGUGGUACACUUUUAAUGGAGAAGACUAAAAAAUCAAAACUAGCUCUGAUGUUAAGUGGGCUAAAAGGUGAAUUGGAUGAAGAAGAUGAAGUGGAUUCUGUAAUUCCAAAAGAUGACAAACAGAAAAUAACAGAGCCACCUGUAAGCACACAAAUUACAUCAGUUGCGAGUGUCUCUAAUUCAACUAGUCUAUUCUCAACACCAACUAUUACUUCAGUGGCUUCGUCAAUAUCAAUUACGAGUAAACCAACUGAAACAAUUAAACCAGCUAUUGAAAACUCUGGAGUAAAAACAACUGAAACAACUGAUGGUUUGAACUCAUUUGCGGUUACUUCAACUACCUCGACAGUAAACCCCAUCCCGGUGUUAUCUUCUACUUCAAAUACACCUGCACAAGUAUCUCUGCCAGCGAUUACAACAUCUGUUCCAGUACUUUCGACCACUUCAACUGCAAGUACGAACCCAGUUGCUGGAGGAUUUAGCUUUGGUUUAUUAAACACACCAAAGACAGCAACAACAAGUGCAACUUCAGGCCUUUCAUUGCCGUCAUCUUCAAUAUCACAAGCUAUUGCCUCACCAUUAACCACAUCGGCAGUAGUUUCAACACCCAUUUCUGCAUCAGGAACGACUUCGAUAUCGGGUACGAAACCAUUUGCAUUUGGUGCAGCAACUACACAAGCUUCAGCAUCUGCUACUCCUAGUUUUUCUUUUGGGGCUCCAACUACACAAUCCCAAACAAUUUCAUCAACAAAAGAACCUUCAAUUGUCAGUACAUUUGGAUCCCCGUUGGCUAUUACUAAACCAACUGACUCUGCACCUGCAGUAUUUGGACAAUCUUCAGCUUCAUUACAACCGACUUUUUCUUUUGGUUCGCUGGCAGCAGCAAAGACAACUACAAAUACUUUGACAACAGGAACGGCUUCACCUGCAACCACAAGUGCAUUAACAACAAAUCUUGGUUUACAAAAAAGUGCUUGGAAUGCAUCAUCAAUAUCCGCGCCUACAAAUACAAACUCUAUUAACGGUAUCGGAUCAUUCGGAGGAGAAAAUGCAUCUUUAUUACCUCAACCAACCACAACAUUAACUUCAACUAGUUCAACUGGAGGUUUUUCAUUUGGCUCUGCUUCUUCGACUGAAGCUCCUAAAUCCUUGUUUGGAAAUGUAGGACCAGCAAAUACAACAUCAACAAACUCAAAUACGACAUUUUCAUUUUCCGCUGCUAAAACUCCGGCCAACCCGACUAAUACAAUAAGUGCGUUUACCUUUGGAGCAGGUGCUCCAGCUCCGACUCAAUCUCCAGCAGCUGUCCAAAAUACAGCUCUUACAUUUGGUGCUACUGCUGCUCCGGCUGCGAGUAAUGUUACCCCACAAAAUAUAUUUGGUAACACAGCGAAUGCCAAACCAUCAAAUACUUUUGCUUUUGGUGCAUCUGCUCCUAGUGUACCUACUCAAAAUAGCGCAUUUUCUUUUUCAUCUUCUGACAAGACUACGGCCGCCGUUCCUGCAGCUAGUAAUUCAGUUGGAGGUUUUGCUUUCAAUAAUCCGUCUGUCAAUUUUACUCCGGUGGCUGAAACGAACAAAAAUAUAUUUGGAACAGUUGCACCUGCAGCUGACCCGAAGCCAGCUUUCAAUUUUGGUUCAUCAACCACAACCAAUCAAAACACAGAUAAACCUGUAGUAUUUGGUGCUUCUACAAAUAUUUUUGGAACACCUGCUACCUCAGGCACACCACAGAGCUCUGCCUUUACUUUUGGUUCAUCUGCUGGUGAAGUUGCAAAUCAAGGAGCAGCACCUACAAAUCCUUUUGGAUCUGCAUCAACUACCAUGGGAACUGCUGCGGGAUCGAAUUCAAUUUUCGGGGCACCAUCAGGUGUUGCAACACUACCACAAUCAUCAACAUUCAAUUUCGGUGCAAGUUCUAGUAAUAUAAAACCAGAAGCUAGUAAGCCUACAGGUGGCUUCGUCUUUGGAAGCACUUCGUCAAUUGGAAGUAAUGCCUCAAAACCUGCUGUCGAUAUGAAUAAAACAUUUGUCUUUGGAGACAGCAAUACAACUAUCAAACCUGCUCUACCAUCAGCAACAAGCGUUUUUGGUGGAGGUAGUGGGACAAACAAUGGCAUCAAUGGAACUACAGAAAAUAAAAUGUUCUCAUUUGGAACACCAGCUGCCGGUGGAAUAAAUAAUACAUUUUCUACUGCUCGCCCAACAGUGAAUCCAGCACCAGCUUUCAAUUUUGGAGCUGUAGCUCCAGCUAAUGCAGCACCAACUCCAAAUGGUAAUUUGUUUGCCCCUCCACAAGGACAAGCACCAACUGAUCGAGUCAUCAAGAAAGCCACGCGACGCCUACACAAGACAUAAACUUCCGUUUUUUAUAAUAUCUUUUAAUUUGUACUUGUUUUUUGGGAUAAGAGCUCCUUAAGAUGUAUUUUGUAAGUACAUGUGUUGUGGUUGUUUCAAUUUAAAUUAAAUCGCCGAUUCGGAGUAUAAA